UUUCUCAUGCAGGAGAAGUCCAUGAGAAACAGUUCAAAUAGAUCUAAAUUGAAGGUCAAGCAUGCUGGUGGCCGCAAAUCCUUUAUACGCAUUUUAAAGGAGAAGCGGGAGGCAGCACUGAACAUGGUUGCCUUCUAUAGGCAAACACAUUGGUCAACCCGGAAGGGUAAAUGGAUCAACGCAGCCACUGAACAUAAUUACAAUCUUAUGAUGGAGAGGUUAGCUGAAAAGGAAUCUGAGGAGGAUAUUGAAGAGGCAGCUGAGAGUGUGUUCAAAGAGGUAUUGGGAAACAGACCUGGAUAUGCAGUAGGGAGGGGUCACAUGGUGAUUCCGGACCCAUCUCCUUCAAUGAAGAAUAGUAGGGCAUAUAUUCGUCUGUCGGAGGAGAAUGCAUAGAACAAGAUUGAGGCAGAAAUGUGGAGAAUGCAUAGAACAAGAUUGAGGCAAAAAUGUACAAGGCAAAACUAGACUCCAUGCUGGGUGAUAUUGCAGAGUUGAGAAAGAAUUUCUCAGAACAUGAGAAGCUCUUAAUGAGCUAUCGGAACACUGACUUACCUGAUGGUAGUGAGGCUCAUAGAGAGACUCAGAGAGAUGAUUAGUUUUCUAAGAUCAUUGGGCACUUUUUUGUGGAUGGCUAACAUUUGUGGGGUUAAUUUUUGUGGAGGGCCAGUUUGACAUGGCCAUUUUUUGGUGGAUAGGGGUUAAAUGUCCUUGUAGAUAUGUGUUGGCCAUGGACUUAUGUCAUUACUUAGGAUAUUUUGGUAACGUAUGCAACUAUA